AUGAAUGAACGACCAGAAAUUAUCAUCUGAGUCUCUGGGCGAUUCUCAAAUUGUGCUAAUGUUAAUCAACUAAAGGAUAAACUUUACAAAGGCGUUGAUAUGACCUACGAUAAUGAAGAAAGAUGGCCAAAGGGAAUUUAUGGUUUACCAUCAAAAAGUGGAGCUCUAUUGGAUUUACAAAAUUUUGAUGCUUCGUUUUUUGGAUUAACUGAUGAAGAAGCGGAUUUAAUUGAUCCCUCGACAAGAUGUACCAUUGAAACUACAUUCGAAGCCCUUUGUGAUGCAGGAUUGGACCCAUGGAAUCUUGAUAAAAGGAAGGUUGGAUUGUUCCAUGGACAAACAAAUAACGAAAUGAAUCGUUAUUCAGUUGAAUUUGAAGGGAAAUCAACUAAUCUACAGACACAAGAGCGUUUGAUUGCCCACAUAUUCAACAUUAAGAAUGGUGCUUUUCUGUACGAAACUGCUUGUUCCUCAAGUUUCACCGCUUUAGCUCAAGCAUUUCUCCAUUUAACUUGUGGUCAUAUUGACCUGGCGAUCGUUUCUUGUGCCAAUAUUAUGUGGACUCCAGCGAUCGCUUUAUCUUACCAUAGACUUGGUUUAACUUCACAAAUGGGUCAGUGUAAAUUUCUUGACGCAAAUGCAUCGGGAUAUGGACGAAGUGAAACCGUGGCAACUAUAAUUCUCGAAAAAUCUUGUACUGCUCAAAGAUCCCAUGGUCAGUUAAUUAACUCAGUAAUCAAUUGUGAUGGUUAUAAGCCUCAGGGAAUCACUUAUCCAUCAUGGCAAUCUCAGGCUUCCCUAAUAAGUAAAUGUUAUAAAGAAAGUUCCAUUGAUCCGACAAAAUUGGAAUACUUUGAAUGCCAUGGAACGGGUACCGAAGUUGGUGACAUGGUUGAAAUUAAAGCUCUCUGGUCAGUUAUGGGUAAUGGCCGAUCAAAGUUACCUUUACUUUUGGGUUCGGUUAGUAACCUUGGUCAUUCAGAAGCGGGUUCUGGUUUAUCUUCACUGAUUAAAUGUUUAAUCAUUUUUAAAUUAAAUUCUAUUCCAGCAAAUCUUCAUUACGAAAAACCUUCAACCCACAUAACAGAAUUGGAGAAAGGUUUUGUCGCUCCAGUUUUAAAAGAAACACCAUUCAAAGGUCAAUAUAUACCGAUCAAUAAUUUCGGAUUCGGUGGUGCUAAUUGUCACAUUGUUCUUGGACGGUCAAUUCAAAAUGUCCAGGAUAAAGUAUCGUCAUCGUCCAGAGAGGAAGCCGUUUUAAUCUUAUGCUGUGGUCGAACCACAAUCUCCCUCCAAUCCAUGAUGAAUGGAAUCGUUGAGAUGAAACCCGAAUCAAUAACACCUCAUUUCGUUCAUCUAGUGAACCGUUAUUCGUACUUUAUGUCAACCACAGCGAAUCAAGAAAGAAAGAUGAACCAUCGAAGUUACAUAAUCUCUUGUCCUCGAAAAGGACUGAAAAUCUCUUCCCCACAUGAGUUGCCUUCCAGUUCAACGAAAUUUCCAAUCUGCUUCGCAUUCCCUGGUGCUGGUUGUCAAAUCGAUAAUAUGAUUCAACCUUUCAUGGGAUUGAAACCUUUUAGAGAAUCAAUUGAAGAUUCAUUGUCACUUGUUGAUUCAGAUGGAAGUAAAAAUGUUCGAGAAAUGAUCUCAAAUGCUCGACAAUCUCAUUGGAAAAUUUUCACUCUGGGAAUAUUUCAAAUUGCUGUGGUUGAUACUCUUAAAUCACUUGGAAUUGUACCGGACAUUAUUGUUGGUCAUUCGUUUGGUGAAUAUUUUUGUGCUUAUGCCGAUGGUGUUUUAUCCAAAGCUGAAGUUCUGGACAUUUGCUAUUCGGUUGUUCAAAUAAUCUCCUCGAUUAUCGCUGAAUCGCAAACAUUUAAAAGCUACUCAAUGAUCUCAGUUGCAUUGACCUGGGAUGAAUUAUUACCACUAAUACCCAACAAUCUGUAUCCAGCAUGUUUCAAUACUCGAGAUAAUAUCACACUCGCUGGAUUCACUGAAGAUAUUGUCCAGUUUUCGAAUCAUCUAAAGGUUCAGAAUAUUUUCAAUCGGAUCAUUGAUUCCUGUGGAUUUGCCUUCCAUACUCAAGCAUUGGGUAAGAUUAUUGAACUUUUCCGCUGCAAGUUGACCCAUUUUUCAAAUGUUUAUCGUAAACCAAGUGAUAAAUGGAUAAUAUCUCAUGAUUCAAGUAUGAAUAGCGACAAAUCACUUAAUAUUCAAAAACUUUGCGUUGAAAUAAUUGCGAAUACAGUUCAAUUUGAAAAGGCUUGUAAAUCGAUACCAAAAAAUGCGAUUUGUAUUGAAAUAGCACCGAGAAAAUUUUUAACAUCCUUGUUAAAAUGUAAUCUAACUGAAUCAUUGAUUGUUGAGGUUCCCUUUAAAGUUGGUAAUCAACAAUUGAUCCAGAUAGAUGACCAUAACAAUCAAAACAAUCAUCGUCAUUAUCCAGAGCUUCCUGGUAGCUUUUUAACUUCAUUGGGAAAUCUUUACAUGAAUGGUUGUCCAAUCAAUUUGGAAUCAAUUUAUUCCCAUAAAUUGAUUGGUCCAUCUCCAGUUGAUACACCUUUCCUUUCACCUUUAAUCAAACUUGACCAUUCAAAUGGUCAUUUGGUUCGUCGAUUUCCCGAAUAUUUCAAUUCCAACAGCUCAGCUCAGGAAAAAUUUACCAUCAACAUUAAUGAAAGUGAUAAACAAUAUCUUGGGUUUUUCCAUUAUAAUGGUUACCAAGUGAUUCCAAUUUCUGGUUUAAUUCAUUUGCUUUGGUCUAAAUUUGCUUCAUUAACAGCUCACAGUACCAAUGAUUUAGCUGUUUGUUUGGAGCGUAUUAAAUUACAUCGACUUUCAUUGUUUGAUGAUCAGAAAUUAUCGUUUCUGAUUAAAUUUCUUCCAACCAAUCAAGGCAAAUAUAAGUUUACCAUAGAAACUUAUUCCGAUAAUUUAGUAAUCAUGACAGGGCUUGUAUCCGAUUUAAAUGAUUCCAAUGGCGAUGAAAUGAUUGCUGAUCAAAAUCACGAUGAUAAUGGUCAAUAUGGUGAUUCCAAUUGUAUUGAGUCCAACAUUUUCUAUGGUAUUUUAUCACGUAAUGGUCUUCACUAUCAAGGUAAUUUAAGAAAUGUAAUCCAGGUAAAUGAUAAAACAAACACAGGAAUUAUGAGUAACAAUCAAGAUUGGAUUAUAAGGUUUGAAUCCAUGUUACAAUUUACCAGUUUUUUCAACAAUCAGGAAAAUUCAAGUUCAAUCACCAGAAAAAUGGACAAUAUACCAAUUCGUUUGGACGAAAUCCAUUGUAUUCCUGGACAAUUAUCGCAAGAAUCAACUGUCACCAUCACCUAUGAUAAAUAUUCAAAGAUAAUUAGAUCAGAAUCAAUUUAUAUCAGAGGAAUACAAUUUGGAUCAUUCCAAUCACAAUUACCAUGUAAAUUAAAUCCAAUGGAAGCGAGAAUUGAACAAUUUAUACCAACAUUUAACCAGAAAGUUUAUCAUCCAUUGGAAACAUGUAUCACAAUUAUAGUUGAUCAUUUGAUUGAAUUUACUGAUUGUAAUCAACAACAGCAAAACGAAUCACCAAUAACAUUGAUAACUGCAACUCUAAAUAAGGACAAUCGUAAUGAUACCAAAAGAAAUGAUGAAAAUUCACUUGGACAGUUAAUUAGAGAUGAAUUACAAAAACGACGAUCAUCACAAUGUAAUUGGAUUAAAUUUGAUUCACUUAAUCAGUUUACCAAUAAGAAAACACAAUUAGACGGAAAAGGAAAUGAUUUAAAUGAGAUGAUAAGUAACCGUUUGUUGAUUAUUGAAACAGAUAAUUCAACCAGUUUAAUUGAUUCUAUUAGUGAAUCAAUUAGUUUGAUGACAAAAUCAACUUUUGAUUUUAUUAUCGUUCGUCAAUCAACAACAACAAUCAAUUCUGAUUACGGUGAAAACAAUAAUGAGUUAGUUAAUUAUCUCAAAUCAAAUGGAUUAAUUUUUGUAUUUUCCUCACAAUCUGAUCAAUGUUUCAUUCAUCUGAUUCGUUGGUCAAUUGAUGAAAACUUGAUCAAUGUUCAUAAAGUUAAUUCAUCAUUUAAAUUACCUUCAUUUUCAAAUGAAUCAAAUAAUCUAAAUUGCUUAUUGGUUGACAAUUUAUCCUCAUCUAUUGGUUUAAUUGAUAGAUUAAAGAUUGAUAAUCAAACAAUACCAUUGAAAUGGUUAAUUAAUGAGACAAAUGAUGAAAAUUGUUUCAAUCAAUUUAUACCAAUUGGUUUAACUUAUACUGUUUUAAGUGAUGGUGUUCAAGGAAGUUACCAUUAUUUACCAAUCAACUUAUCAUCAUCAUCAUCAUCAUCAUCAUCAUCAUCAACAACACAACAUCAUCAUCAUAACUUGACUCGUAUUGACGAUGAGACUUUGAUUAAACUAUUGUCACCAAAUGAUUAUGAUACUUCAAUUGUUAUUUGUUGUAAUCAACUUAAUUAUUGUGGUUCACUAAUUGGUUAUUCACGGAAAGGUUUACAAGAUGAAAUUGGUGAAAUUGGAAUAAUUAAAUAUGAUGAAAUCACAGAUGAUUAUCUAAUUGUCCACCGUUGGUCUUACAAUCAAAUUCAAUGGUCACUCGAGGAAGCAGCAACAAUACCAAUACCUUAUUCAUUGGCUUAUUAUGGUCUAAUCAUUGUUGGUCGUCUAGCACGUGGUGAAAAUGUUUUAAUUGUUAACGGUCAUACAUCGGUUGGUUGGGCUAUUAUAACAAUUUGUUUAUCAUUUAAUUGCACCAUUUACCUGUCGGUGGAAACGGAGGAGGAAAAGGUUAACCUGGUAAAACGUUUUCCCUCACUGGUUGAUAAACAGUUUCUAAUUACAAUAAACGGCCAAGAAAUUGAGCAAACAAUUAAAAUUUUAACUAAUGGUUACGGAUGUGAUUUAGUUAUUAACACUAACAGUAAUAAUAAUAUAACCAAUAGAGAUGUUAAUAGUUACGAUCAGGUCAAAGGUAAUCAAGAGUUUUUGUUGAAAUGUUUAUCGAUUGGCGGAAGGUGCGUUGACCUUAACAAGUUUCCCAUGUCGAUUGACGAUGACCUGGGAUUGGCCAUUUUCCUACAAAAUAUAACCUAUUAUGGUGCUACACCGGAAGGAGUUUUCCAAUCAAUUGGACCAAAUAAAACAGGAACCACAGGUAAUCAUCCUCAUCACCGUUUAGCUGAUUUAAUGGCCAACCAAAUAAACAGUGGAAUCAUUUGCCCAUUGAUUGGUGUUGAUUCACCUGAAAUCAUAAAAAUUGAACCUAAAACAAAAUGCAAACAACAAUCAACUCGAUCAAACAAUCAGUUACCUUUGGUUAAUUUGAUCAUUGGUCAACCAGGUGAUUUAGAACUUGAAAUUAUUGAGAAAUCCCGUCGAUAUGAUUCAAUUUGCAAUUUUAUUCUUAUUCCUAUUAAUCAAUCAUCCAAAGAUAUGAUGAUGUCUUUUCCAUCAUCAUCAUCAUCAUUUGGUAAUAAUAAGGAACAAUCAUCUUCACCAUUAUUAUUAUUAUCUUCAUCCUCCAAUUCAUCAACAAGUUUAUCUUCAUUUCCAUUAACACCAAUUUCAUCAACAAACCAUCAACCAUUGACACCGACACCGCCAUCAUCAAAUAAUAACAAUAAUAAUAAUAAUAAACCAUCAGCAUCACAUUAUCAUCCAUAUAUUAUCAAUCAACUUGGAUUACUGGGUUGUUCAUUUAUUGAUAUUUCCAUGAACGGUAAAUCAAUUGAUAAAAGAGACACAAUCAAAUAUCAACAAGUGUUGAAAGAAAUUUCAAAAAGUUACAAAAUUAACAAAGUUUUCCUUGUCUACCGUUCAUCUGACCCGGACAAUCAACAAACUAAUCAUCGUUACCAUCAAGAGCAUCCCAGUUCUCAUCAUCAUCAACAACAACCACAUCAUCACAUUGAUCUUUCAAAUCAAUUAAUGAUUCAAUUAUUGGAUUAUAUUACUAAUUCAAGGGAGAUCUCAAUCAACUUUCUCACCCUCAUCUCUUGUUCAUUAACUCAAGAUUGUACUUUUAUUUGGCCUCAAUUGGUUAGGAAAUGUCAACAAUUUGGUAAAAGGUCCGGAGUUAACAGUAUAACAAUUAACUUGACUGAUUUAUUUUCAUCCGAUGAUCCUAAUUAUUGGUCUCAACUGGAUCAAUACAUAAGUCAAUUAUAUUGUCAACUAAUUGGUUCUAAUGAUAUGACAGAUAAUACUAAUAAUAACAGAAAAGUCAAUGGAGUGUACAAAUUAACUUGCAAAGUGGACAAUCAAUAAUUAAUCAUUAAGACUACGAGUAUGACAAAAACAACGAGAUCACUUUCAAUACAUUAGAAACAUUUGACUUAUUACAAUUAAUUUGAUUGUAAAAAUGAUGAAACAAUCAAAGAAACCAAACCUCAAAGGAAAAGGUCAACAAAAGUAACAAUCAAAUUAUCAACUAAUGACAAUCAAUUAACUUAAUCAUCUGAUUGUUGAUUAUGGAUUUAAAACAAGACAUUGGGAUUAAACGGGGAUUUUUUUUAUAUUUGACAAGAUAAUUAAGAUUAUGAUGAUUACCCAAAGAUUAAUGAAUGACUCUCUUUAGACUAAAUCAUUAAUCUAAAUCAAUCAUCAAGAUUAAAUUUACUUUUUCUAUUACAUAUUAAACUUGUUGAUUGUUAAUCGUUGAUUUCAUAUUAUCAUCAUCAUCAUCAUCAUCAUUUGAAAGCUGAUUUGAAAGUAAUCAUAAUUUUGUCUUAACUAACCAAUAAUGUUAACCUUAAAUUGUGACAAUUUAAAAAUAACAAGAAAACAUAUUAGAUUAGACAAGAAAUUAGGUUAAAUUGUUACACAUUUAUUACUAUUAUUGUUUUAAUACUUUUUACAUGAUCAGUGAAAAUAAACACUAAUCAAGAUAAUCUUGAUAAUCCUUGAUUGUUAUUGUUAACCAAAUGAUUUAAUGUCAAACUUCAUGCUGUUUGUUUGUUGUAAGAUGAUAUUUAUUGUUGAUUGUUGAUAAACACGAGAAAAUUGUCAAUUACUGUCAAUCAAUUGGAUUAAAUUUGAUUGUAACAUUUUUGAAUAACAUGAUCAUUAUAAUGAAAUAAAUCACAAUUAAGAUUUAA